AUGCCUAUCAUCAAACGAUGGGCCAGCACAAAUGCUGUCGGCACUGAGAAGCUCGUCUUCAGACACGAGUUCCCGGUCAAGCGGUUCUGCAGAAUGGAAAAGCUCCGAGAUGCGCUCGGAGAUAUCUUUGGCUCGGAUGAAUGGGUUGUCGAGUACGAUGGAGAUAAUCUCGUCAUCAAGGUGGGAAGCAGGGUUGAUCUCAAGAAGGAGUUGAAGGCGCGUGGUAUUAUCUACAAGUCUAUGUGUACAGCUCGGGCUAGUCUCUGGCCGCGCCUGGUCCCCGUGAUCGUUCAUUUCCCCGCUGUCGCUUUCGAGUCGGACGUCCUCGCAUGGUCUUCCUUCAUUGUUUCACAUCAUCCGCUCCAUGCGACACUCCGAGAUGCCGUCCCCGCUGCAAGGUCCGAUCCCGCGACCGCGAUGCGUGAGCCAGGAGCGCUGUGUGGUCCCAGUACCGUUGACCCCAAAGAGCUGGAAGUCGACGAGAACAUAUUCCUGAUUCCUACAUCCUCUCCGCAGCCGACGACUCGCCGCCUGAACCAUGACUGGCCCGCAAUCACUGGCGUUGCUUUCCUACGACAGCAUAAAAUAGAUCCAGUUGCUCCUGAUAACGACUAA